GAGCAGUCAGCUUUUGGGGGAGCUGUCGUGUGUUUACUAGAGGAGAGCAAUGCAAGAGUGAACGAGAGAGAGAGGGAGGACGGAGUGAGUGAGUGAGGGAGGGAGAGAGAGACAAAACUUUUCAGUUUUAAAGAGCGAGAGGAAGCGUGUGCUGGAGUCCCAACCAUGCAGGAGGAGCCAGGAGAAACUCUGGGAGGUGCCAGUAAGAGGGGGUCAAUGUGGUUAUGCCCUCUAUGUCAAGAAAGUCAACCAGACCGUGAGAAUCUCUCUCAUCACCUUACGGACAAACACAGUGUCCUCCCUGCUUGCCUUGAUAAGUUACUGGAUAUUGCUGCUCCAAAGCACUCUUCCAUUGCUGAAGAUGAAGAAUCCAAAGCCCAAAAUGAUGCAGAUGAGACCUCUCAGCAGAAACAUUUAGAGAACACAAAGUCCCCCUCAAUGGCUUCCCAAAAUGAGAGCGAACCUACAGAUGCAGGUGACAAGGGUGGUUCUUCUCAGGAAAAAGAGCUGGAUGAAGAGCUGGAGGGAGGGAGAAAUGAGGAAAGUGACAUGGGUGGCCUGGAGUCAGAUCAGGACAAUGUGGAGCAAACUGUAAAAACAUCAGAAGCUUCUAUAAGCAAUGGCAGAUCCGUCUGUAAAAAUAGUGUAGCUUCUGAAGGUGAUAACCGUCCAUUCAAGUGUAAUGCGUGUUUGGAGUCAUUUCCCACUAGAACGGCUUUGAGUGUUCAUUAUAAUUCAACCACCCAUAUUCAGAGGAUGAGAACCGGGACGGUGAAAGACAGUGACUCAACCCCUUUUCUGGCUAGACCUUAUGUCUCCAACAAACCAUACCAGUGUGCCGUCUGUCGUGUCUCCUACAAUCAUGCCAUCACCCUGGAAAGUCAUUUAAAAUCUGUGUUGCACCAGAGUCGCAGCAGGAGCGCGGGGAAUGCUACUCCUAGUUCCACUGCAAAUACAGGAACUGGAACCAUGGUUACAAACUUGGCUGCGACCACUGUUGGAAGCACCACACAGUUAGUUAACGCCUCCACCAGCAAUUGUGUCACCCAAGCAAACCUGACUCCAUCAGCAGUAACGACCAAAGACGGAGAGCAGGUGCAGCCUCAGCUAGCUCCCUCAUUACUUUCUUCUCCGGUGGCCUCCGCACAAGCCAUGUCUGCUAUUCUCACUCUCCUGACUUCCAGCCCAAAUUCUCUCCCACACUCCAUUCUUCCUCCUCUCUUUACGACUGGGACAUCUGCAACACCAGGGGCAGCUACCCCGCAGCUUAUACCCCAGCCUCAGAUGCUCAUGCCCCUGGUGUUGAAUGGACUCCAAACUCAAACCCAAAUACAGGGCCAGAAUCCAGAGUCUCCAAACCAGCUUUUGCAGCAGGCAGUGCCAGUUCUUGGUCUCAGUGCUGCACAACAGGCUCUCUUGGCCCAAAGACUCAGUGGCUUACAAAGUCAGUGGGCUGCAUUUGGCCUCCCAACCACCACUCAAAUGAGUUUAGAGGAGACCAACAAGACAGCGGACAAGGGUGCAGACUUGAGAGUACACAAUGAGAUAAAAGUAGAGCCUUGCAAUCAGCAAAUGUCACUAAAAUCUGAAGAGGAUUGGAAAAUUGAUGGGUUAAAAAAAGAGAUCUGUAUUAAGGUUGAGAAAACACAAGAGCAGAGUGAGAAGAUAAUGGAUGACGGCACAACAUGUGAUGAAAAAGAGCAAGAAGAAAGUGAAAUGGAAGUCGAGAGGACCAGUGAAAAGGUGUGUCAGGGAGAUGAUGCAAACUCCAAAGUAACUGAAUCCUCAGCGGCCUCAGUCUUUCGGCGUGAUAGUUUGUUGUCAUGUGUUAUGGAUCCAAACCAAGGUCUCAGCCAUACACAUCCCGUUAACAGCUCUGGCGCUGUUAACUGUACUUUUCGUAACACUAAUUUUGCCUUAAGAGCUUCAGGCCAUAGAAGUGCUAAAGAUCAUCCACUCUUGUCUUCAGGACGGUCUGUGCUCACUGAGUUCCAGUCUCAGGUUCUGUGGGCCUUUUUAGAGUCACGAGAUGAUGCUGAAACAUCUAGUCCUCAGCGGGAGGACUGUGAAGCCCUCGGCAGGGAGGUAGGGCUAAGUGGAGAAGAGGUACGCAAGUGGUUCUUAGACGCCCGGCAAUCCAAAGAUAGGGAAAGAUUAGACAGCUUCCAUGAUGAAUUGGACAGAAGUAUGGAGGAAGAGGAAGGUAAUUUAAUGAUAGAUGAGGGUGAAGAUGAACACAGUCCAUCAGCGACAGGCAGUCAUGCCAUUGACCUUUCCAGUAGUGCAGAACGACACAGGAUUGGUAAGGGCAGCCCUAGAGAAUUGCUGUUGACAUCCGACUCUGAAAAUGAAGAGUUCUACACGUCUGUUAUCGUGACUGAUGAAGAAAGUCAAAGCAGCUCUAUGAGGGAAGAGUCAGGCAGCCCAAUCAAACAGUCUUCACAGGUAGAGCCAACAGCUGAAAGGUCAAGUGGUGGUGGAAAGGUUCUUCGUUCUACUACAGUCUUCCUCUCGGAUGCAGAGGAUGAAUAUGAUGAUGAACAGAGUAUGAAAAGGAAAAAAAGAAAGAGUGAGAUUGACAAGGAAGAGGUGGAGAUCAAGCGAGAGAAGCAAGAUGUAGAUCUUGAUCUUCAGUUGGAAGCGCAAGCUGACCCUCCUACUCCUCUUUCAGUUGCAGUUGAUCACCAGGGUGUUCCAACUGGCAUCUUGCAGUCAUUGCCCCUUUCCCUGUCAUUGGCUCCACUUUCCACCCAGUUAUACAGUCCAUAUGUACUCUCGCUUCCUUCAUCAGUUAUUGGGGUAGGUGUUUCAGAAGGAGAUCGGGGUAAAAUGACCUUUUCAAACACUCAAGCAGUUACUCGAAGUCCAGGAGCAGCACCUGCAACCACCUCUCUUACACACUCCUUCUUAUCUAACGGUAAUGAUUGCGAGUCCGCUUUGGAUCUAAGCAUGGGGAAAAACCACAGCUCUACAACAUCAUCAACAUCAUCUGUCUCCCCAGCUAACAAGUCCUCCAUACAAAAAAGUCAUUUGCUUGAUGGUCUGGGAUUGAGACCAGCGACUGUUGGGGUUCCUACAGAUGGAGGUCUCAUCGUUGUUCAGGUGAAGCCAGAUCCUGCCAUUGCUUCCAAUAACAGUACUUUAACUAAUCGCAAUAAUUUGGCUAAGACUAGCACUGUGUACAUGAGGGCAGCUGAAAAGGUUAGCACAUCACUCAUGGAAAGGGAAAAAGAGAAGGAACGAGAAAAAGAGCGGGAGCAAAAGAGGCCAAAAGUCAGACGGUUCAGGGACAUGAGACGGUCCAGGACCAUCAUCCAUGCUGAUCAACUUGAUAUUCUCUAUGGAUGUUAUUUCAAAGAUCCAAACCCAGGAAAGCAUGAAUUUGAACAAAUAUCUGAGUGGGUAAAUCUUCCAAAGAAAGUGGUUCAGAUCUGGUUCCAGAAUAUGAGGGCUAGGGAGCGAAAGGGAGAGGUCCGUUUUAUCAGUGAUGGCACUUUGGCAGGCUGUUGGGAAACCACUCAUUAAGUUCACCUGGCCACUCUCGAAGCCCAUAUUCUCAACCCCACCUAAACCUAACCCAAGUCCCUCCACCGGCUGGGUCUCUGCAAAACCCCAAACUGGAAAUGUUCCUCCAAAGACAGAUAAGGUGAAGGAGGUCAAGGAGCCCCCAAAAAUUCCCACUCAAGGUCCAAGUAGACCAAAUCAGACAGGCUCUUUCACCGUUGUGUCCACCAGUCCUUCAUUAGUUCACAAGACCAAAACAGAAGCAACACCCAUUACAAUGGUUAAAAUAGCUCCCAAGACUGUGGCCACUCCGGUUGCAGUUCCUCUGCUAGUCAGUGGGAUUCCUACAUCUCGAUCUGCUCCGAAAAGGAAGGUUGAAGAGGUACAAGCCGAGUCAGACCGUACUGAUGAUGAUGACGACGAUUACCGAGGAGGGGUCGAGUCUGGGACUACCAGCCACAUGGUGCCAAAAUUGUCCCCUACGCCAAUUAACAAAUCUUCUGCCUUGGCAUCUCAGAAACACAAUGGGCUCAAAUAUUGGUCUCAGAAAGGUCCAUUCAAGAUCAACACCCUCUCAAGAGAACAGUUAGGCUUGAGCUCACAGCGACCUACACCCACUACCACCACGCCCACCACCCCAUCCCCUGUGACGGUUACAGCAUCCUCUGGUCAAAACCAAAAAGAAACAAGUUAUAUGCUGCAGAAUUCCACCCCAAGACGACCUCGAACUCACCUGAACUGUCUUCAGCUGUCCAUCCUGCAAUCAUGCUACGAGACAUGUGCUCAUCCUAAUGCACUGGAGUGUGAGGCAGUGGGGACAGAGCUUGGGCUUCCACUGAAGGUUGUGCAAAUCUGGUUCCAAAAUACACGUGCCAAGGAGAAACGCUGGAGGCUUCAGCAAGAGAAAAUGAGGCUGCAUCCUUCGAAGUUCGCAAAGGUCAGACCGAGCAUUGUUAAAUGGGAUGGUCUAGCCUACGGAGGAUUGCUCUUGUUGCCUACAACUGUGACGGCUGCCGUUGAUGAGCGGCAGUAACGUUUUCGCCUAAUCCCAUUGACCCUUCCAAGAAGGUAGAUGUCAGCUCGGGUAGCUACCUACAAUACAAUGCUCUCCGAGCCAACCGUCCCAUCCUGCCCAAACCUGUACAACUGACAGUUGUGGAACCAACUCCAACAUACACCAUCGGCCAGACGACAGGCCGCGAGACUCUGAGAGGCAAGUGCGACGCCUGUGGGGUUGAAUUCGAAUCCAGGGCUGCAGCACGUGACCAUGUCUUCUCUGCCCGACAUCUUGCCACUCUGAGAACCACUAACUUUGGUCAGCAAGCAUCGUUGGUCAGCAAUGGAUCUGGUACGGGGUCUACUGGUUUUGCCAGCCAGUCUUCUACCCCAUCACCAGCUAGCAGCUCCAGCUAAACAAUGAAUUGGAGCUGGUGUAGUCUGUGGACCCACUAGACUUGUUGGCUUUCAAUAGACAGAAAAAGGGUGCUGGUCUUUUAAGCUAAUGUUCUUUUGAGGCUCUAAAAUUAGAGUGGGCCCAGAUGACUCUGGCCAUCUUCACUCUCUCUCCUUGGAUAUCAGCGAGACAUUGUUAUUACACAGAGUCUUUACUUACAGGGCUCCUUUUAAUGACCUAUUGCCACAGCAUCAUUUUACUAUAAAUAAUCUACUGAAAUGGUAAUCAUGGACAUGCUAAUGCUUAUGUGAUUAUGGUCCGUUUUUCACAACUUCAUCUCGGUUCAAACUCCUAUUAUGUUGGGUAAUAUUCUACUCACAUUUACACAUAACACUUUGUUUGAUUGGGAGAAUCUAUGGUAAUGAAGCACCCAAAAACUCAACCAAAGUGCUCUGGGUUGUCAAUUAUGUUUGUGGUACUGCUUUUGCUUGAGCCAGGGUGGUCUUUAGCCUGUUUUAAAGCCUAUAUAGAAGAGUCGUUUCUAAGCUGAUUUAUCUCAGAUAGUCUUGUUAAUUCAAAGAAAUGUAUUCUGUAAACAGAAGUUUUUCUUCUGGCUCAGUUGAAAGAAGGCUAGACUAUGCUAACAGUUGAUAGUAAUGAAAUAGUAGAAAUGACAAAUAAAGCAGAGAAUGUGUAGUCUGGAAUAAGGAGAAUUUGGGAGAGUGUUCUGAAUCCAGACGCAUUAAAACGAGGACGUUAACAAUAUGAAAGCUAUUUUUGAACAACCAUCAUGACAAUCCUAUAGUCAUCAGCAGAGCUCUCGUUGAACGUUAAAGAUGUCAGAUGGUCCUCAUACAGCACUUUGACCCUUUUUAAAGUCUCAAACAUGUUUUUUUUUUUUUUUUUUUAGGUUUUCGUGUUCCGCAAAAUAAACAGUUUUGUUGUAUGGUAAAAUCUUACUGUAUGUCAAACUAUAAUGAAGUAUUAAUCAGCUUUUAAUGUUAUUUUUAAAGAGUUUGCAUUGCACAUAGUUAAAACAGACAAAAAAAAAAAAAAAUGGAUCAGACCUAGCCGCUGUGCACGAAGCCAAAGUCAAGUCUGUACUCACACAAUUUUAUAUGGAUUUGUGGAACAUCGAAAUUAUGUACCUUAUACCCUCAGAUAAACCAUUUUGUUUGGUUUGAGUUUAGGGAGUAACCCCAGCUUGUCGAUAAGAGUUAAACACAAAAGUCAUUUAUUUAUGGUAAAAGCAAAAGCAUUUUAGAAUAAUGGGAGAGAGUUGUCAUCUUUUUUUCUUGUUCUUUCAUUAAGCAUUUUGUGUUUUUGCAAACCGAGUGCUCAUACUGAGUAGAUUCAAGUAUUUUUCUUUAAACCCCACCUGGAGAGAAGACAGGGUGCUUUAGUGGACCUGGAAACUAUUCAUCAGGGCAACAGGAGGUGUGAUUUGAAGGACAUGAAAUACUAAAGACGAUUUUCCUUUUUGGUUUGUUUUGUAUAUUAUUAUUGAUACUAUUAAUACUUUAACAAAAUGCAAAACUAAAAAAGAUUUUUUAAUGAACUAUAUUAAGAAAAUGAUAUUCCAAAGUUAUUCUUUCUCUUGCUUUGUCUCAUUAAAGAAACCAAAAAGCAAUCUUGAUUGGAAGUGUUUGUAACGCAAACCACAACGGAGCUCCCCUGCCUUGACACUUUGAACUAGUCCAGGGUUUAAGCAUGAGCUACAGUUAAAUGCAUUUCCGACAACUCAACUUGGAACACUUGAAGUUCAUUGAAACAUUUUGUUUUCAGUAUAUCCCAGCAAAUACAAGUUGUUUUUGUUCAAAUUAGUGUCAAGUAGCUCAUAUGAAAUGAACAUGGACUUGGUUGUAGUGCAGUGCUACAGGACGUGGGAUCACAUGGUGUUGCACUGUUCAGAGUAUAUAGGUAGAAAAUGGAGAAAUGCUUUUAUAUUAUCUUUUCACUUUUUCAUUGACACUUGAUUAUCACUUGUUAUAACUGUACUACUUACUAUUUUUCAGUACUUUCAUCACUUUUGAUUAUUAUUGAUUCAUAACGGUUUUAAUGGCAUCUCAGACUUUGAGAUGUCAUUGAUAUGAAUAUUGAACGAUAAUGGUGGCAGUCUUGUUAUGAAAAAUUAGAAUAUUGAUUAAGCUUGUUUUCCCCUCAAAUGUACCUUCAUUUUGUGUUGGUUCUCCUUUUUUCUUAUGCAGAAAACAAAUAAACUGAAGUUCAUGUA